UUUCUUUACCCCAAUCUCUGUUUCUCCCUUUCCCGCGAACUCUAAUCUCUCUCCCCUUCUCUCUGCAACCAACCUUGUCCAUUGUGAAUGGUGGAAAUCUCCAGCAAUCGUUUCCAAAACUCCCCCUUUACCUCAAGGGGGAUCUCUCCUUUCUCCUUUGGAUCUUGCAGGGAAGGCUGGUACUACCGCUGCCUCGGCCUCGACCCUUAAACCCUCCACCCCACAAAACCUUACAUACCCCAAACCAAAAAAACAAAAAACCCAAUUCCCCUCCGCCCCCGCACCCGCCUCUCUCUCUCUCUCUCUCUCUCUCUCUCUCUCUCUCUCUCUCUCUCUCUCUAAAACAAACCCAGGCCGAAACCCAUCUCUCUCUACCUUAGAUUAACUCACGUUGGUUGAUAAUUUUCGUUGAUUUUGGUUUUGAACCACCUAUGAUGUUGAUGUACAAGCAGAAGAAAACUGGGAAGGGCCGUGGCGGAAACCAGCUGUUGAUUAGUGUCACCUUCCCUGGUAGCACUGGACCCAUCCGGUUCGUAGUUGGUGAGGAGCAGCUUGUUGUUGGUGUUAUUCAAACUGCCCUCAAAUACUAUGCUCGAGAGGGCCGGUUACCGGUUCUUGGUUCGGAUAUCAAUGGUUUUGUCCUCUACUGCGCCCCUGCUGGAACUGAAGGUCUGAGCCCUUGGGAGACAAUUGGAUCGAGUGGGGUUAGGUAUUUCAUGCUAUGCAAGAAGCCCCAGGCGAAUGACACCACCACUAAUGAUGGAAAACAGAAAAUUUCGCAAAAGGGGAAAGGCAGUUGGAAGGCAUGGCUCAAUAAGUCUCUCAACUUCAAGAUAUCCAGCCAUUGAAAGUACCUUUUCUGGUACUACGGGAUAAUUAUGUUACUGGUUAGCAUUUGGUGUUUUAAUUUGGACCACAUUUCAAUUUUAGUUUGACUUGCAGUGUUAAAAAGCGGUAGGUGUGAUGAAUAAGUCAUGACUUAUGAGUGUUUUCUUACCUUUGCAAUAAAGUAGAGAAGUAUGGUUGCUGGGUUUAUUUAUUUGAAGUGUUUUUGGCCCUUC